AUGUCCAAAAUUAUCCUCUCCAUAAACGCCGGCUCCUCCUCCGUCAAAAUCUCCAUCUUCUCCGCCUCCCAAGGCGACCCCUCGCCCACCCCCCUCGCCGAAGCCCAAAUCUCCGGUCUCACCUCCCCCCCGCCAACCUUCAAAUACAUCCGAUCAGGCACCCCCAUCCUCAAAAACCAAACCCUAGAUUCCAAAAUCACCGACCAAAACUCCGCAUUCCAAUACAUCCUCACCCACCUAAUCAACGACCCCUCCUUCUCUCAAAUCUCCCAACUCAGCGACAUCUCCCUCGCCAGCCACCGCGUCGUCCACGGCGGCUCCUACCAAACCAGCCAGCUCAUCACCCGAGAAACCCUCCACCACCUCGAAACCCUCAGCGAUCUCGCUCCCCUCCACAACGCCUCCGCCCUAACCAUCAUCCAACACUGCAUCACCCACCUCCCCACCACCCGCAACAUCGCCGUCUUCGACUCACAAUUCCACGCUUCAAUCCCCGCACACAUCAGCACCUACCCCAUCGACCAAACCAUCGCGCAGAAAAACGGAUUGCGCAAAUACGGAUUCCACGGCAUCUCAUACGCGUUCAUCACGCGCAGCGUCGCGGAGUUUCUGGGGAAGAGCGAAGAGGAAACGAAUAUUAUCGCGUUGCAUUUGGGGAGUGGAGCGAGCGCGUGCGUGGUGAAGAAUGGGAAGAGCUGGGAUACGAGUAUGGGGUUGACGCCGUUGGCGGGGUUGCCCGGCGCCACGAGGAGUGGGAGUUUGGAUCCGAGUCUCGUCUUCCACUACGCCACCAAUGUCGGCAAGCUCUCUCCGCAAUCCACCUCCUCCCUGCACAUUUCCCGCGCCGAAGAAAUCCUCAACAAAGAAUCUGGCUGGAAAUCUCUCACGGGCACCACCGAUUUCGGCACCAUUACCUCCUCUUCCUCCUCUGACCCCACCAUGAAACUCGCCUUCGACAUCUUCAUCGAUCGAAUCCUCUCGUACAUCGGACACUACUACAUCUCCUUACAUGGCAAUAUUGACGCGUUAGUUUUUGCCGGGGGAAUAGGCGAGAAGAGCGAGGUCUUGAGAGAGAGGGUGGGCGAGGAAAUUAGGUGUUUGGGGUUUGAGAUUGAUGGGGAGAGGAAUGCGAGAGAGAUGGAGGGGACGGUGCAGGAGAUUGGGAAGAAAGGGGCGAAGCAUCGCAUGUUGGUUUGUAAGACGGAUGAACAGUUUGAGAUGGCGAGACAUUGUGUGGUGGAUGAGGGACUUUUUGGGGAAUGA